UGAUGUACUGAGUACAAAAAGUACUUGAAAUAAAUAAUCAGUAUUUUUUGUACUUUAAGUAUUUUACUUAUAGUAUUUAUAAACUAACGAUACUUUUGGCAAUUUACUUAUUACUUUUGCAAAAAAGUACUUGUACUUGUACUUAAAUUUACGAUUUUGUUUUAAGUAUUACUUUUUACUUGAAAAAUGUACUGGAAAAGCUAAAUCUACUUAAAGUUCUUUCUUAAAAUACUUAAGUAUUUUUAGCAGUAAGUACUUAAAUGGAAAAUACUUAAAGUACUUUUGAAAUUACUUUAAGUAUCUAAAUUUACUUUAAGUAUUUUAUCAAAAAUACUGCAACGCCAUUCCAUGCCAUAUUAACUGGACAGUAAACACGCUCAAACAAGUCAAAUCUUUGCCACAUACGAUAGUAACGUGUCGGCUGGCUGCAAAUUGCCCUACAGCAGAGCCAACCCUCUAAAACUCAACUAAACCUGUGUCGGAGUUGUAGUUCACUAAUACCUGGAACAAUUUAGAUACGAGUAGGUAAGUGAAAUAAUAUGAUUACUAUAUUUUUUUGUUGGGUUCAGGCCGAGGUUAUUAAAUUAAACAGGUUGCCUCGUAACUUGACAUUUGUCGCCAUAUUGCGCGUCAUCGUGUGGUACUCAGCAGUUUACAAAUAAUUUUACAUUGUUUUCUUAAAGUUUUCCGUGUAUUAAGUGCAUUUGAUAGGUCAGUUUUAGUGGACAUAAUACAUAAUAUAUUUUUUUUAGUUUUAGUGUACUUAACGUAUUAUAAUUGAUGAACUAGAUAGUUUUUUAAAAUUAUUUAUCAAAUUUUCCUUAGAAAUAGAGAUAAUUUCUACCUAUAACAGCCUGUAAUGUUCAGAAUAGUUUUUUCUGAGUGAUGUAUAUUUAUAAUAAAUUAUUUCAACUAGGUUUCGAUAUUUUAACAGUAACAGUAGUAAAAAGGUAAAACUAUUUUUUUUCCAAUAUGAGUAUUGCUUAAAAAUGUCAAAUAUCAGCAAAAUUAGAGAAAAAUAAAUAAAGAUUUUAUAGAAGAACAAUUUAACUUGUGUAAUUUUUAUUAUUAUUAAUCCUUUUGUUAAUAGAUAAUUUAAAAAUCCCCGUAGCUGACGUAAUCGCGUCAACUGCUGUGAUUGGUCCAAAGUUACGAGGCAACCUGUUUAAUUAAUAACAUUGGGUGCAGGCCUAUGUUAAAGGUAUGCUAAUUCACUCUACCGGUACCGGCGCAGGCCGGGUCUGCGCCGCACUGUCCGCUAGUAAAAAUUUUUUAAUAAAAAUUUUUUGAAGCCGCGUAAGCCGUAUUAUUGUUUUAUUUGAUCAGAAUAACGAUGUUAUAUGAAGAAAUUUUUUAAAAAUCUUCUAUAAUAACAAAAACGUGUAUAAUGAAAAAUAAUACUAAUAUUUAUAUUUUAUAAUGAUAGAAAUCAUGGAAGUUGAGCAUGAUUUAUUUGAAGAGAAUUCGUCUUCGCCAGAGGACUCGGAUCGGCCGGACCCGUUCCCGGUCCAAAUAUCAGAAGACGAGGACGAUGACUCAAAUUAUACCCCCAAGACAACAAAGAAAAAGGUGUUGCCUGAUUAUUUUGGAGUAAGGAAUAAAACCCUAAGCCAAAUUUUACAAAAUGAACCAAGUCAAAAUCAAAAACCAGAGCAGUUUAGAGAUGGUCAAAAUAAUUUGCUUCUCGAAAAAAUACAAAGCAACCCUCUUUUAGAUGGAAAAUUCUAUGAAGUUGCUGGAAAGGUAACGGAUGCUAACCACAUUCAAGCCGAAUGUAAAAUGUGUUUACCAAAAAGAAAAAUAAUUAAAGGUUCUCUAUUGAUAACAACGAAUUUCUUAAAACAUAUGAAAAACAAGCAUCCGGAACAAAACAACGAGUACAAUGCGUACAAACAAAAAAAGAAACGAAUUAACGAAGGCAAGAAACGAAAUUAUGCUGAAGGUAUAGAGUCCGCGUCAUCAUCCUCUACAACAGUUUCAUUAAGUAAAUCUAAGGUACCACUUAAACAAGGGCAGAUUUCAUUUAGGCAAACUAAAAUUACCCAAAAAACGUUUGAUGAAAGAAUAGUUCGUUUCAUUGUGGAAACUAUGUCUCCAAUUUCUUUGGUAUCGCAUGAAAGUUUCGUAAGAAUUUUUGAGGGAAUGGACGUUAAAGUUAUGAACAGAUUUGCUGCUAUUCAGAAAAUUGAUGGUCAUUACAAAGAAAUGAUUAAUAAAAUAAUAGGGCAAUUAUCUAUUUGUAACUAUGUCUGCACAACAGCUGACAUUUGGUCCUCCAAAAAGAGAAGUUUUUUAGGCGUUACAUGCCACUGGAUAGACCAAGAUUUAUCAAGGCAAUCCGUCGCUUUAGCAUGUCGUAGAUUUGAAGGCACUCAUUCUUUCGACAAAAUCGGGGAACUGUUGGAUGAAAUUCACAGAGGCUAUAAUUUGGAUAAUACAAAAAUUUUAGCCACUGUUACCGAUAACGGGUCAAAUUUUGUUAAAUGUUUUAAAGAAUUCGGAAUACAUAUACUUGAUUCACAACAUAAUGUUGAUGGUAAUGAUGAUCAAACUCAAGAGGGGGAGACCGAAGAAUCUUUGCCAGAGUUUGAAAGCAUAAUUGAGUCAACUGACUCAGAGAAAUCAUUUUCACAAACUAGACAAUUUUUGCCGGAACAUUUACGGUGUGCUUCACACACAAUUAAUUUAAUUGCUACAACGGAUUAUAAUAAUUCAUUAAAAUCAUCACAUCAACUUAGAAGCAAAAACUGUUUAGUUUUCAACAAGUGUUCUAAUUUGUGGAAUAAAGCACGGAGACCAAAAUCAGCAGAAAUAAUGCAAAAGAUUUUAGGUUGCAGUCUAAGUUACCCCGGUGUAACUAGAUGGAAUUCCACUUAUGAUGCGGUAACAAAAAUUUUGUCUUUAAAAGAAAAGAUGCCAGAACUUUGCGAUGCACUUUUGCUGCCAAGUUUUACUGAAAGUGAAAUAUUAUUUUUGACAGAAUAUACAACAAUUAUGAAACCUCUUGCAGAGACUCUUGACUUUCUGCAAGGCGAACAAAAUACAUAUUAUGGAUAUUUUCUUCCCAGUAUUAUAUCAAUGCACACAAAACUUGAGAAAAUUAAAUUGUCUGGUACAAUCGCACAGCUAUCUAAGUCCUUGGAUUAUAUUUUGAACUCUAUUCGUGAACGAUUCCAUCAUGUUUUUACCUUGCAAUCCAAGAUAGCCAUUAUAGCAGCAGUAACCAAUCCUAGAUUUAAAAUGAGAUGGUUGAGUGCAUUCAAAGAUACUGAUAUUCAAGUAACAGCAAAAGAUAUUCAAUCUUGGAUAUCGAGUAGUGCUUUGGCGUUUAAAGUAUCAUUUGAGUCGGACUUGACAGCCCAAGAAGAACUCGAAGAUGCGUUUUUUGAUUUUAAUGAUGAAAACCAGGUUAAUACUUCUUCCGAUGCGGCGAUAAAGCUCCAGUCUACUGAUACUUUUCACAACCAGUUUGAAUUUGAAUUUCUCAAAUAUCUGAAUGAUAAAAGGACCACCUUGUUAAUGCUAAAUGAAUACAAUAUUGUUAAACAGUUAUUUAUUAAGUAUAACUGUAUUUUACCGUCAUCUGCCCCCGUGGAACGAUUAUUCUCUUUCGCCGAAAUUAUUAAUGCUCCUAGACGCCAUGCGUUAAGUGACACCAAUUUUGAAAAGUUGGUACUACUCAAAAGUAACAAACACGUAUUCUAGAAAAAAUAUUUAGUUAUUUAUUUUUUUGUUUUUUUUUUCAAAAUAUCCUAUAUGAUCCAAAUUUUAAUCCUGAUAAAAUGUAUUUUGUUUUUAUUAUUUAGAUAUUUAUUUUGUUUUGUUGUUUUUUGUUCAAAGUAUCUUAAAAUAUCCUAAUUUUAAUUAUAAUAAUAUGUAUUUGGGUUAGGUACCUAUACCUACUUUAAAAUAAUGUUAGUCUUCAAAGACAUUGUGUGUUAUUGCCAUACUCAUUUUCUCAUGUCAUGUGUUAUGUAUAGGAUUUGUUACCUAUCUAUAUAAUAAUAUGUUUGUUUUACUUAUUUCGAUGAAUAAAAAUGUGAAUAAAAAUGAGUUUUUUAUUUUUUAUUAGUAGGUAGGUAGUAAGGUAACAUAUGUAUGUCGUCUCGUAUAUGAGCAACAAACAAUGAUUCUACUGGUUCGGGUAUGAGUGGUAGUGGUAUAUAAGUCAAAGUAAAAAUUUUAAUGUCUUCGAAAUGAAGCUGACACUGCUUUCACUCAAAACUAUUUGUUUGGCUGACGUGUAUACUAAAAACUUGAGUUAAGUACUUGAAAUUUCAAAAUACUGAAUCUUUAAAAGUACUUAAGUAUUUUUAAUAUAUUUUCAGUACUUAGAACUACUUCAGUAUAUUGAAUUUACUUUAAGUAUUUUUAAGGUAUGUACUUACUACUUAUACUUGAAUAAUUGGU